GAGCGAAAGAUUGGUAAAUACUAAGUCACUCCAGCGAUGUCUGAACAUUGUACAGAGAGCCUUGGAAACUUUCCAUCUUCACAUUGUUCGGCCGCAAGAUUGGUUCAAUCAGAACAUACUAAGCAUCGACUUCUCCGGCUUUUAUAUGUUGACUACCCUACACGUACCUUUCCAGCUAUUAGCCGACAAAUUAUCGGGACGAACGCUGGCUCAGUCUGUUCCACCGUCGUUGAAGCAUCUUUGGCUCAACGACGAUUCCACUUUCCUCUGGCUGAACCAUAAUUUCUUCCAAAGCCCUCAGGAAUAUUACGUCGAAGGAACUGUCAGUGUUGUGUUUGAUCCGUCAUGGCAUCUAAUACACACUGAUCAGGAGAUGAUGGAUGUCAUCACAGACUUUCUAACGCACUGGCGGUCGCAUGUGCCGUACUUGCAGACCAUCAAAUUACUUCUCUAUCCUGUUUCUGUUCCAGCCUGGGGCCCGCGCGACAUCAGUGCUAUCAGGAUGGCCCUCGACUCAGCUGGUCAAGAGAGUGGUGUAGAUGUCUCCGUAACAAAAGUACAUGAACGCCCGUGUUGUUGUGAGAGUGAUCACACACUCGCUGGUCAAGAUCCACCGUACUUCGAACUCGACAGAAUACAGGAGAGUCCACGGCCUGAGAUGUAUCACUGGAGACAAACUUCGACUCAAACCCCUGGUAGCAAUUCUAUGUCUGUCGUCUUGCCGUCGAGACUACAUCCAUCAGAUCAGCGUCGUCCAAGUCCCCGUUCAUAUCGGACGAGGCAUCGCCAAUACCAUCCGCGCCUGGAGAGUCAACGCUCAUGUCGUGUUUUCCUUCAGUUCCACUCCCGUCCAUGUCCAAAAGAUCGCUAUCGCUAACUCCACCAUUGAGAUCUGAGGAGUCAGUAUCCAUACUACUAUUCUCAUCUUUGUCAACACCAAGAUUACUGUUGUCAACUUCAUUCCGAUCGGCAUCGUCU